AUGACGGAAACUCCUACAACAACGGCACAACGGUCUAUGACGGAAACUCCUGCGACAACGGCACAACAGUAUACAACGGAAACUCCUACAACACCGACACAACAGUCUACAACGGAAACUCCUACAAAACCGACACAACGGUCUAUGACGGAAACUCCUACAACAACGGCCAACAGUCUACAACGAAAACUUCUACAACACCGACACAACAGUCUACGACGGAAACUCCUACAACACCGACACACCAGUCAACAAUGGAAACUCCUACAACACCGGCCUAACGGUCCUCAACGGAAACUCCUACAACCCCGAUACAACGGUCUACAACGGAAACUCCUACAACCCCGACACAACAGUCUACAACGGAAACUCCUACAAAACCGACACAACGCAGUCUACCACGGAAACUCCUACAACACCGGCACAACGGUCUACAACGGAAACUUCUACAACACACGGAAACUCCUACAACACCGGCACAACAGUCUACAACGGAACCUCCUGCACUUCUACAACACCGACACAACGGUCUACAACGGAAACUCCUACAACACCGACACACCAGUCUACAACAGAAACUCCUACAACACCGGCCUAACGGUCCUCAACGGAAACUCCUACAAUACCGAUACAACGGUCUACAACGGAAACUCCUACAACACCGACCCAACAGUCUACAACGGAAACUCCUACAACACAGACACAACGGGCUACAACGGAAACUCCUACAACAACGGCACAACGGUCUAUGACGGAAACUCCUACAACAACGGCACAACAGUAUGCCAACAUCGACACAACGGCAACAACAUCGACAUAUACAACGGAAACCCCUACAACACGGACACAACAGUCUACAACGGAAACUCCUGCGACAACGGCACAACGAUCUACAACGGAAACUCCUACAACACCGGCACAACGGUCUUCAACGGAAACUCCUACAACACCGACACAACGGGCGACAACGGAAACUCCUACAACAACGGCACAACGGUCUACAACGAAAACUUCUACAACACCGACACAACAGUCUACAACGGAAACUCCUACAACACCGACACACCAGUCUACAAUGGAAACUCCUACAACACCGGCCUAACGGUCCUAAACGGAAACUCCUACAACACCGAUACAACGGUCUACAACGGAAACUCCUACAACACCGACACAACGGGCAACAACGGAAACUCCUACAACAACGGCACAACAGUAUACAACGGAAACUCCUACAACACCGGCACAACAGUCUACAACGGAAAUAUCUGCGACAACGGCACAACGAUCUACAACGGAAACUCCUACAACACCGACACAACGGUCUACAACGGAAACUCCUACAACAUCACAACGGUCUACAGCGGAAGCUCCUACAACAUCACAACAAUCUACAACGGAAACUCCUCCAAUACCGACACAACGGAAACUCCUACAACACCGAAACAACGGAAACUCCUACAACACCGACACAACGGAAACUCCUACAACAUCGACACAACGGUCUACAACAGAAACUCCUACAAUAAUGACACAACGGAAACUCCUACAACACCGACACAACGGAAACUCCUACAACAUCGACACAACGUCUACAAUGGAAACUCCUACAACACCGGCACAACGGUCUACAACGGAAACUCCUACAGCACCGACACAACGGAAACUCCUACAACAUCGACACAACGGUCUACAACGGAAACUCCUACAGUACCGACACAACGGAAUCUCCUACAACACCGACACAACGGAAACUCCUACAACACCGACACAACGGUCUACAACGGAAACUCCUACAACACCGGCCUAACGGUACUCAACGGAAACUCCUUCAACACCGACACAACAGUCUACAACGGAAACUCCUACAACACCGACACAACGGGCUACAACGGAGACUCCUACAACAACGACACAACGGGCUACAAAAUCUACAACGGAAACUCCUACAAUACCGACACAACGGUCUACAACGGAAACUCCUACAACAACGGCACAACAGUAUACAACGGAAACUCCCACAACAACGGCACAACAGUAUACAACGAAAACUUCUACAACACCGGCACAACAGUCUACAACGGAAACUCCUGCGACAACGGCACAACGAUCUACAAUGGAAACUCCUACAACACCGGCAUAACAGUCUACAACGGAAACUCCUACAACACCGACACACCAGUUUACAACGGAAACUCCUACAACACCGGCCUAACGAUCCUCAACGGAAACUCCUACAACACCGACACAACAGUCUACAACGGAAACUCCUACAACACCGACACAACGGAAACUCCUACAACAACAACACAACGGAAACUCCUACAACACCGACACAACAGUAUGCAACGGAAACUCAUACAACAACGGCACAACAGUAUACAACGGAAACUCAUACAACAACGGCACAACAGUAUACAACGGAAACUCCUACAACACCGGCACAACAGUCUACAACGGAAACUCCUACAACACCGACACACCAGUCUACAACGGAAACUCCUACAACACCGGCCUAACGGUCGUGAACGGAAACUCCUACAACACCGAUACAACGGUCUACAACGGAAACUCCUACAACACCGACCCAACGGGCUACAACGGAAACUCCUACAACAACGACACAACGGUCUAUGA